UAAAAUGAAUGGACCUAACGAAAAAAAGCUAGAUGGCGAUUGUGAAAAUCAAACAGUGGCAACUCUAUAACACAAUUACCAUUGAAUUGUUUUUACGAAAUUGGACGAAUAUUAAUUUUCCGGGGAACUGAAGAUGUUGCGGAAAUUAGGAAGACUGGUUGGGCAGCAGGUGGGUCAGCAGGCACGUUUUACAGCUUACCGCACAUUCUCUUCGACUAACGCGCUGCGAAAAGAUCCUACGCCGCAGAAGGCGGAUUCAGCACCGCCACAGAACAUCCUCAUCGAAAAAGACAAGAACAUCACGCUGAUUGGUAUAAAUCGACCGCAGCAGCGCAAUGCCAUCGACUCACUCACCGCCUCGCAACUUUGCGACGCCUUCUCCCAAUUCGAGGCAGACGACACUUCACCAGUGGCCGUCUUGUACGGUGUAGGCGGUUCCUUCUGCUCCGGCUUUGACAUCCUUGAGAUUAGCACCGACGAAAAGGAGGAGAUAAGCGUGGACAUUCUUAUGCGGCCAGAGGGUUCCGUAGGUCCCACCCGGCGACAAAUCAAGAAGCCAGUCGUUUGCGGGAUCAAUGGCUAUUGCAUAGCCAACGGUUUGGAGUUGGCCCUCAUGUGCGACCUGCGCGUCAUGGAGGAGUCCGCUGUGCUAGGAUUCUUCAAUCGCCGCUUUGGUGUCCCUAUGCUCGAUGCCGGUACCAUUCGGCUGCCGGCCAUGAUUGGCCUGUCCCGUGCUUUAGAUUUAAUACUAACAGGACGUCCGGUCGGUUCCCAAGAGGCCCAUGAUAUCGGUCUAGUCAAUCGGAUAGUGCCCACGGGCACCGCACUUGGCAAUGCCCUAGAACUGGCCACGUGCCUGGCCAAGUUCCCGCAACGUGCACUCAUCCACGAUCGCAACUCGGUCUAUUCGAGCGCUUUCGAAACGUCCACGUUCCACCAGGCGGUGCAAAACGAGGUGAUGUUUACUUCCCGUGAAAUAAUCGAGGACAUGCAGAACGGCAUCAAGUGGUUUAACCAGACGUUCAAGCCAGACACUACACACUCAUGGCUAAAACGGGAUCGCUCGAUGGCCGAUUGGGACGAUGAGGAAGUUGCUGAGGCCGCUGCUCAAAAGGAGAAACUAAAGCAGGAACAGGAAGCAGCCCUGGCAGAGGCUGAAAAACAAAAGCAGGCCGAAAAGACGCAGAAAAAGUCGAAAAAGGCCGAAGAAAAGCAUGAUGAAAGCGCGGAUAGUAAAGAUCCUAAAGCAACACCAAAAGAAAAGUAGUUGCGCCUUAUCCAAACAAAAUUAUCUGUCCCAAGUCAUUUAAUUUAAUUUUGUAAAUAACGCAUUCAUAAGCAGUUCCAAACUGAACCAUUCGACCUUGCUAACUUAUUCAAAUACAUUACUCUAAUCGGAACAAA